CUUUGCUAACUGGGUUUCUAUUUUCUUUUCCCUACGAUAGACUAUGAACACGUCUUUCAUGGAGUCCGUCUGGUGGGUCUUCAAGCAGCUCUUCGACAAGGACCUCGUCUACAGAGGCUACCGGGUCAUGCCAUACUCGACCGCCCUCAACACCCCCCUCAGUAACUUCGAAGCCCAGCAAAACUACAAGGAUGUCCAGGACCCCGCCGUCGUUGUCACCUUCCCUCUCGUCAACGACCCCGAGACUUGCAUGCUCGCGUGGACGACCACUCCGUGGACUCUGCCCUCCAACACGGGCCUUGCGGUGCACCCGAAUUUCGAAUACGUCAAGAUCUUCGACGAAGCAUCUAAAAAGCACUACAUCCUCCUCGAAGCCUUGCUCCGGACCCUCUACAAGGACCCGAAGAAAGCCAAGUUCAAGGUCGUUGAUCGAUUCAAGGGCUCGCACAUGAAAGACUGGAAGUACGAGCCCCUGUUCAACUACUUCUACGAGGAGUUCAAGGACCAUGGAUUCCGCGUCCACAAUGCCGAAUACGUCACGGCCGAAGAUGGUACCGGUGUGGUUCACCAGGCCCCGGCCUUUGGUGAGGACGAUUACAAGGUCGCCAUGGACGCGGGUGUCAUCGGUGAUGGACGCCUGCCCCCCAACCCCGUCGAUCCGCAGGGCUGCUACACCGCCGAAGUCCCGGAUUUCGAAGGCCAGAACGUGAAGGCCGCCGAUCGAGCCAUCAUCAAGCACUUGAAGGCCGCUGGUCGUCUGAUCGUGGACAGCCAGAUUACGCAUAGCUACCCAUUCUGCUGGCGUUCCGACACUCCCUUGAUCUACCGUGCGGUGCCGUCCUGGUUCGUCAAGGUCCCCCCCAUCAUUCCUCAGAUGCUCCAGGGCAUUGAUGAAUCGCACUGGGUGCCCUCGUUCGUCAAGGACCGUAGAUUCUCCAGCUGGAUCCAGAAUGCCCGCGACUGGAACAUCUCCAGAAACCGUUUCUGGGGUACGCCGUUGCCCUUGUGGGUCAGCGAAGACAUGAAGGAAGUCGUGGCCGUGGGCAGUGUUGAGGAGCUCAAGACGCUCAGUGGAUACCAGGGUGAGCUGACGGAUCUCCACCGUGAUAAGGUGGACCACAUCACCAUCCCGAGCAAGCAAGGAAAGGGUGAACUGCGCCGUGUGAGCGAGGUGUUCGACUGCUGGUUUGAAUCGGGCAGCAUGCCUUACGCCUCCCAGCACUACCCCUUUGAGAACAAGGAGCAGUUUGAGAAGGGCUUCCCGGGCGAUUUCAUCGCCGAGGGUCUGGAUCAAACGCGCGGUUGGUUCUACACCUUGACCGUCUUGGGCACCCACCUGUUCGGCAAGCUGCCGUUCAAGAACUGCGUCGUCAACGGAAUCGUGUUGGCCGAGGACGGCAAGAAGAUGUCCAAGCGCCUGAAGAACUACCCCGACCCCACUCUCAUCAUGGACCGCUACGGCUCGGACGCUCUUCGUCUGUACCUGAUCAACUCGCCCGUUGUCCGCGCGGAGCCGCUCCGAUUCAAAGAGACUGGUGUUAAGGAGAUCGUUGCCAAGGUCCUCCUGCCCCUGUGGAACAGCUACAAGUUCUUUGAGGGUCAGGCGGCUUUGUUCAAGAAGACCAACGACACCGACUACGUCUUCAACCCGGAGUCGGAAGCCACCAACACCAAUGUCAUGGACCGCUGGAUCCUGGCCAGCUGCCAGAGUCUCCUCAAGUUCGUGAACCAGGAGAUGGCCGGGUACCGCCUGUACACCGUCGUCCCCCGGUUACUCGAGCUGAUUGACAACACCACCAACUGGUACAUCCGCUUCAACCGGAGACGUUUGAAGGGAGAAAACGGCAUCGAAGACACCCAGCACGCCCUGAACACCCUCUUCGACGUGCUCUUCACGUUGGUGCGCGGGCUCGCUCCGUUCACGCCUUUCAUUGCCGACACCAUCUACCUCAAGCUCCUCCCCCACAUCCCGGAGGCUCUCCGUAGCGAAGACAGCCGGAGCGUGCACUUCAUCCCCUUCCCCGAGGUCCGCGAGGAGCUCUUCGACGAGGUCGUCGAGCGGAGGGUUGAGCGGAUGCAGAAGGUCAUCGAGAUGGGUCGUAUCUCCCGUGAGCGCCGUACCGUGGGUCUGAAGACCCCCCUGAAGACGCUGGUCGUGAUCCACCAGGACCCUCAGUUCCUGGAGGACGUGAAGUCCCUGGAAGGCUACAUUCUGGAGGAACUGAACGUGCUCGAACUCAUCCUGUCUUCCGACGAGGAAAAGUACAACGUGCACUACAGCGUAAACGCCGACUGGCCCACGCUGGGCAAGAAGCUCAAGAAGGACGUCCAGAAGGUCAAGAAGGCGCUGCCGUCGCUCACCACCGACGACGUGAAGAAAUACGUGGCGGACAAGAAGAUCCUGGUAGACGGUAUCGAGCUGGCCGAGGGCGACCUGGUGGUCAAGCGGGACCUCAAGCAGGACGCGUCAUCGGCCAACAUGGAGCCCAACGCCAGCGGAGAUGUGCUGACCAUCUUGGACGCCAACCUCUACCCCGAGCUGGCGCACCAGGGUCUGGGCCGAGAGAUCAUCAACCGCCUGCAGCGUCUGCGUAAGAAGGCGGGCCUGGUCCCCACCGACGACGUGAAGAUGGAGUAUGCCGUCCUGGCCGAUCCGGAGGACGUUGGCAUCGGCGGGGCGUUCGAGACCCAAUCCCCGGCCAUCGAAAAGGCGGUGCGUCGGCCGCUGGAGCGGGUUGACCUUGUUGACGGGAAGGCCCCCAAUGGCAAUGCCGAGGCCUUGAUCAUGGAGGAGGAGCAGGAAGUCCAAAAAGCGACCUUCCUGUUGCGGUUGCUCAAGCUAUAGACGUGAUCCGGUCCGGGAUAGUGGCGGAUAUGACGUCGGUUUUAGACCUCUAUUUUCCUUAACAU